GAGUUUACGGCCAAUUUAAGAUUUAAUGACAAUCGACUUAUUAAUAUAUUUUUAAUAUAAGACUAUAAGCAAUACUAUAGAAUAUAAUACUAUAAUAAUAUGAUUUAUUUUAGUUUAAAGUAUAUUAUGUUGUUAGUUAUUGUUGUAAAUGAGUGCAUAACUAAAACUGUAAAUGAUGAUAACUUACAGUUGAAAUUUGUUUUUAUUUUGAUGAGACACAUGAAUCGAGCACCAUUAAUUCGAUACAAAAACAACACUAACAACAUAGUUUGGGCUCAUGGUCUGGGUGAAUUGACUGAUCAGGGUAUAUGGAACUCAUACCGUGUAGGCCAAGCAUUACGUGAACGUUACCUUGGAUUUUUGCAUCCAUUGCAGCGGUACACACCCAGUGAGAUUGAUGUAUCUACAACAGAAGUAGAUCGUUGUUACCAAACUGCUGGGUACCUAUUAGCAGGUAUGUACCCACCUAAUGAAGAGCAGACAUGGAACAAAGACCUAAAAUGGCAACCUAUACCAAUAAAGACGAGUUUAUCAAAAGACCAUCAAAAAUUUAGUAAUGAUCCAAGGCUAUGUCCAAAAUAUGCUAUGGAAUUACAUGAAAAAUGUGAAAAUAUAAUGAAAACAGAAAAUGUCAAAACAUUUAUUAGUUAUUUGAAGAAUCACACAUCCAACCCGUUAACUACAACUUUUGAAGUAUUGAAAUUAGUAGACGCUAUUUACACAGAACGCAUGGCAAACUAUUCAAUUCCUAAUUGGGCAAUGGAACGAUAUCAAGAUUUUGAGAAUUUUUUAUUGCUUUGUAUGACUGUAUUAGUUGAAACCAAUCAAAUGAAACGUUUAUAUUCAGGUGAAAUGUUGAAUGAUGUUUUACAACGGAUGGAAGCAUCAAUAAAAAAGUCCUCAGAAGCAAAAAAAAUAUAUUUACACAUAGGACAUGAUUCAACCAUAGUUCCUUUUCUUAAGACACUAAAUAUAGAAAAUAUAACAUAUCCAUUUUACGGGGCUUCUGUUAUAAUGGAGUUAUAUGCAACAGCUGCAAAUGAAACUAUUCUUAAGCUAUUAUACAACAGAGACUAUGAAUGGAAAGAUUCGAAAAUUGAGUUAAUUGAAUUACCAGGUUGUCCACAGCCAUGUCGACUAGAAGAUUGGCGCACACUUACACAACAAAUGAUACCUCGUAACUUAAGUGAUGAGUGUAAAAAUUAAUAAUAUUAAAUAUGAAACCACUUACAUUUAAA